AGUUUGCAAAGCCCAAGCAUUGGGCAAUUGUGGUUUCCUCCGGAGAGGAAGAACUCAGGCUUGCAAACCCCGUCCCUGGGCUUCUGAGCCUCAGCUGCUCUGGCAUGGAGAGCGUGGUACAGCCUUCAGUGUUUGUGGUGGAUGGACAGACGGAUAUCCCAUUCAGGCGGCUGGGACAGAACAAUAAGAGACGGCACUGCGGCACUGUCCAGGUCAGCCUGGCCCUGCUGCUGCUGCUGGGUGCCGUGCUGGCUGCUCAGGGCUGGUUUCUCUUGAGACUGAAUCAGCGUCUUGGGGACAUAGUGGCUCAUCUGCCAGAUGGAGGCAAAGGCUCCUGGGAGAAGCUGAUACAAGAUCAACGGUCUCACCAGCCCAACCCAGCAGCACAUCUUACAGGAGCCAACGCGAGCUUGAUAAGCAUCGGUGGACCUCUGUUAUGGGAGACACGACUUGGCCUGGCCUUCUUGAGGGGCCUGACGUAUCAUGAUGGGGCCCUGGUGACCACAGAGGCCGGCUACUACUAUGUGUACUCCAAAGUGCAGCUGAGCGGUGUGGGCUGCCCCCAGGGGCUGGCCAAUGGCCUUCCUAUCACCCAUGGGCUGUAUAAGCGCACGUCCCGCUACCCCAAGGAGUUAGAACUGCUGGUCAGCCGGCGGUCACCCUGUGGCCGGGCCAAUAGCUCCCGAGUCUGGUGGGACAGCAGCUUCCUGGGUGGUGUGGUACAUCUGGAGGCCGGGGAAGAAGUGGUGGUCCGCGUGCCUGGAAACCGCCUGGUCAGACCACGUGAUGGCACCAGGUCCUACUUCGGAGCUUUCAUGGUCUGAAGGCUGUGGAGACAAUGUGUUCUGUGGAGAGAUCUCUCCAGGACUCACCUCAAACCCAUCAAUCAGGUUUGAAGUCCCUCCUUUAAGGAGCCCUGAACUCUGCAGGUGGAGUGCUCGGGUUGGUGUGGACUGCUGACUUGCUUUGGGCAAUCUUCAAAUCAGAGACCUGGAGACUUGGGGUGUGGAGCCCAGGAUCGUGGGGUCAGCCCAUUUGCCUGAUAUUCAGGAACAAAGAAUAAAGCUGGGGUAUUUAUGCUUCUAAUGCACACACUGGGAUUUGGGCUUUCUGGGUUUGGGGCUGGAGGCAAGAAACCUCCCCAGAAUGUCAUCAGGACCAUGUUGGCAGCACUCCAGACUUGCCACCACACACUGGUCUCUCCCAUCCAUCCUCUGCAUUGGCUUCCAGUCACCAAAACAGCAUUGCCUUCCGACUGCAAUUGGCCAGGUACCAGCUUCUGAGCACGUGCAUCCUUCAGGGACAUCUCGGUGGGACCUCAGUACUCGGCCCAAUGCACAGCAGCAGCAACAGACAUGCCAGGAAUAGUUAGUCAGAAGGGGAGGGAGGAAAAGGAGGGAAGGAGGGAAUGCAGAAGAGAAGGGGGAAAACAGAACAAACAAAAAACAAAGACAAACAAGGACUAAAGAGGCAGGGAAAGGAGUGACACCUUUGAGGGCACUUUAUUCAACCCACUUAGAACAGAUUGUGCCAGGUCUUCUGGACUCCUGGAGUUGAUGGGAUUAUGGGAAGACACAAAGUGGAGCAAAUGGGCUUGGGUUAUGGUUCAGUGGGUAAAGUGCAAUUAUGAGGAUCUGAGUUUGAAUCCCUGGUACCCAUAUAAAGACACAGAUGUGGUGAUGGUCACUUGUAAUCCCAUCAAUAGGGAACGGAGGCAGGAGGACCCCUGGGGUUCGCUGGCCAGGCAGUCUAGCUAAAUCAGUGAGUUCCAGGUUCAGGGAAAGACCUUGCCUCAAAAAAGGUAGAUAGCUCCUGAAGAUGACAACUGAGGCUGUUCUCUGGACCCCACAUGCA